AUGGCCGUACCGGCUGCUUUGAUCCCUCCGACCCAGCUGGUCCCCCCUCAGCCUCCGGUCUCAACUUCUGCCGCCUGCACCACCACCACCACCACCUCGUCGUCGGCCACCUCGUCGUCGGCCACCUCCUCUCCGUCUCCGUCCAUCGCUCCCCCGCCGGCCGCUUCGGGGACAAACCUAUUCCGGCCGGAGCCCAUCGCAGCGGCGGCGGCGGCGGCGGCCACAGUCACCUCCACCACCAGCGGCGGCGGCGGUAACGGCAGCGGCGGCGGCAGCGGCGGCGGCAGCCCCAGCCUGGGCACCGGCGGCGGCGGCAGCAGCAGCGGCGGCGGCGGCAGCGGCGGCACCUCCACUCCCAAUGCCAGCGCGGCCAGCGCGGCCGGCAGCCUGCCCGGCAAGCCCGUGUACUCGACCCCGUCCCCGGUGGAGAACACCCCCCAGAAUAACGAGUGCAAGAUGGUGGAUCUGAGGGGGGCCAAAGUGGCCUCCUUCACCGUGGAGGGCUGCGAGCUCAUCUGCCUGCCCCAGGCUUUCGACCUCUUCCUGAAGCACUUGGUGGGGGGCUUGCACACGGUCUACACCAAGCUGAAGCGGCUCGAGAUCACGCCCGUGGUCUGCAACGUGGAGCAGGUCCGCAUCCUGAGGGGGCUGGGGGCCAUCCAGCCCGGGGUCAACCGCUGCAAACUCAUCUCCAGGAAGGAUUUCGAGACCCUCUACAACGACUGCACCAACGCCAGUUCUAGACCUGGAAGGCCUCCUAAGAGGACUCAAAGUGUCACCUCCCCAGAGAAUUCUCAUAUCAUGCCACAUUCUGUCCCAGGCCUAAUGUCUCCUGGAAUCAUCCCGCCAACAGGUCUGACAGCAGCAGCUGCAGCAGCAGCAGCUGCCACCAAUGCCGCCAUAGCAGAAGCAAUGAAAGUGAAAAAAAUCAAAUUGGAAGCUAUGUCCAACUAUCAUGCAAAUAAUAACCAGCAUGGAGCAGACUCUGAAAAUGGAGAUCUGAAUUCAAGUGUUGGGUUGGAACUUCCUUUUAUGAUGAUGCCCCACCCACUGAUUCCCGUGAGCCUACCUCCAGCCUCUGUCACGAUGGCAAUGAGCCAGAUGAACCACCUCAGCACCAUCGCCAACAUGGCAGCAGCAGCACAAGUGCAGAGCCCUCCAUCCAGGGUGGAGACAUCUGUUAUUAAGGAACGUGUUCCAGACAGCCCUUCUCCUGCUCCUUCUCUUGAAGAGGGCCGAAGACCUGGCAGCCAUCCAUCCUCUCAUCGAAGCAGCAGCGUGUCCAGCUCGCCUGCACGGACCGAGAGCUCUUCAGACAGAAUCCCUGUCCAUCAGAAUGGGCUAUCUAUGAACCAAAUGCUGAUGGGUUUGUCACCUAAUGUCCUGCCUGGACCUAAGGAGGGUGAUCUGGCUGGUCAUGAUGUGGGACAUGAGACAAAAAGAAUACACAUUGAGAAAGAUGAGACCCCGCUCUCCACACCAACCGCAAGAGACAGCCUUGACAAACUUUCUCUAACUGGGCAUGGGCAACCACUACCUCCAGGUUUUCCAUCUCCUUUUCUAUUCCCUGAUGGAUUGUCCUCCAUAGAGACCCUUCUGACUAACAUCCAGGGUCUACUAAAGGUUGCUAUAGACAAUGCCAGAGCUCAAGAGAAACAGGUCCAACUGGAAAAAACAGAGCUGAAGAUGGAGCUCUUCAGGGAACGAGAACUGAGGGAAACACUUGAAAAACAGUUGGCUGUGGAGCAGAAGAACAGAGCAAUAAUUCAGAAAAGGCUAAAGAAGGAAAAGAAGGCAAAGAGGAAAUUGCAGGAAGCACUUGAAUUUGAGACUAAACGACGAGAGCAAGCAGAACAAACACUGAAACAGGCAGCUUCAACAGAGAGUCUCAGGGUCCUAAAUGACUCUCUGACCCCAGAGAUAGAAGCUGACCGCAGCGGGGGCAGAACAGAUGCUGAAAGGACAAUACAAGGUUCACUAGAUGCCUAUGCCUAGCUCCCAAUCCGGUUUCCCAAGACCCCCUCAUCCCACACAAAAAGAUGGAAGACUUUAUUUGAAAACUACUGUCAUGUAUUGAAUUUUUCCUGCUGAAAAUACGUGUGCUACGGUAAAGAACGUUGCAGUAAGACAUUGGCUCAUAAGGAGUUCUGUGGAAACAAAAUGUUUUCAAACCAACUUCCUCAACUUCAUUUAUCAAUGUUCUUCAAAAAUGUAAAGAAUUCUGCAAGAGUGUCCUCCUUUGGUUAUCUCCUGUGGCUCAACCUGGAGAUCUAGAGAAUGUUUGUAAAUGUACAGUAGCACUGUUCUCACAGCGAAAAUCUGCAUCUCUGCGCUGGACUAUUGUAUCCAAAAUUGCAGGCGGUCAGAACAAGGCUGAGUAUUCCCUUUUUCAAGGAAUGCAGACUCUCCUCUGAUGAUUCUAUAUUUGAGCACAUCCAAUGAUCCUUCCAGCGGUGUCCAAGUACACUUACAGACUGUUAUACCAUACUGAAACCAGCAAGACAGCUCAGAAAUGAACUUGUAGAGGGCAUAAGAGGAUUC